GAUGGCCCCGCGCUCGCUGGCCCCUGAGGAGGAGGAGGAGGAGGAAGAUGCGGGUCGCCGUGCAGGUGCUAAUGAAAGAAUGCAAAUAGCACUGGCUGAGCCGAACAUAUCGUAAAGAAGGGAACAGGCACCGAUUCGAACCGGCGGGGGGACCCGCCGGCCGUCACCCAGCAAAGGCUCCCUUUCCUAGGCCACCGUAUGAACACCUGAGUCUCCUUGAAGCUUCAGGGAGAUGAAUCAGUAACCACCUACCUACAGCCCGGGCAGAAGAUCCCCCUGGAGUCCCAGGGUCCCUACCUCUCACCGGGCAGAGUCAUGGGAGAGCCGCGGCUGCAGUGCGGGGGGCAUGUGCAGACCAUUUCUACAAUUUAUCAAGAUCAUUUUGAAUCCUAAUCCUGGCCUCUGAAGUACUUGCCACCUGUCCCAGCCUGGUAUCAGCAGCAAUUUUAACUGAACUAAAUCCUAGGCAAGCAAAAGAGACAAACCAUCAAAAUCACAGGAUAUCAAGUCUACUAAAUGUGGGAAAUACUUUUCCAAGGCCUUUGAACUCAAAAGUGGAACAGAAGGAAGACACAGGGGGACAUACACCAUUCAGUGUUAUUUUCCUUGCACCGGAAAGAAAAAAAAGAUCAUUAUGAGAUGAGCACUAAAGUUUCAAGCUUUCAAAGGUUUGCAUAACAAACAAGAGACACAUUGUGGGUUGCAUCUUGACUUUGAAGGCUUGCCACUGUCAACUGAAAUAAAAUGGCAAGGUUUAAAGCCUUAACCAAGUUCACAAGGAAAAUAUUUGGACUAAAAGUUUUGGAAAGUUUUCUCUCUUUGAAGUAGUUUGUCAUGUGUUACCAAUGUGAACUUUAUUGACCUUGAAACUUUUUUUUUUUUGAAUCAAAUAGCAACUAGUGACACUUUAGUAAAAUCUUAAAUCAACAACCAUCCCCUGGUGGCUCCAGCUUCGUAGCAAAUGCAGGCAGAACAGGGAAUCUACAGAAGAGACCUUUAUUAUUCGUAAAUGAAGCCUGCCAAAACCUUCCCAAAAUAGCAUUCAAGGACCCUUUUAAGGUCAUGGAUCCUGAACAAAGCCAGAAGAGCACAAAAAAGGCAGAGGAAAGUCCAAGAAAGAGGCUUCCCAAAGGAGAGGCUUUCCAAGCCAGUAUUUCAUCUGCAGCUACGUAUCAGGGCAGCUCUCCUUCUUCACAAGGACCCCCUCUCCGAGAUAUCGUGUCGCAGCAGCACUUUUCUGGCUCUUUGCCGAUUCCAAGAGAGGAAUCUCAGGAGAAGACUGGACAUCAGAAGCAACCUAAGCCUUCCUCUUUUGAACAUCCACCCCACGUUUCACAGCUUCAGCAACACGCACUGUCACCAGCAUUUAUGUCUCCUGGAAAACCAGAGCAUGUCCUUGAAGGGCCCACAUGGCAGCUAGUUGAUCCAGUAAGACCAGGUCCCUCUGGCUCCUUUUCAUCACCCGGGCUUCAUUCUCAUCACACACAGCUCUUACCUUCCCAUUCAGCAAUCAUUCCUGGAGAGGACAUGCCAUCCGUUCAAAAGGUCUAUAUCCCUCGCCCUUCACAGGUUUCCUUAAAGCAAGCUGAGGAAGUGCACAAGAAGGAAAAGAAACCUCAGAAGCCAGGCAAAUAUAUUUGUCAGUACUGCAGCAGGCCUUGUGCAAAGCCAAGUGUGCUCCAAAAACAUAUCAGGUCACACACGGGUGAGAGACCAUACCCUUGCAUUCCAUGUGGCUUUUCUUUUAAGACUAAGAGCAAUUUGUAUAAGCAUAGGAAAUCCCAUGCUCAUAGAAUAAAAGCUGGGCUGGCCUCAGGAAUUGGAGCAGAGAUGUAUCCGUCUAGCUUGGAAAUGGAAAGGAUUGGUGGAGAGGACUUUGAAGAGCCAACAGAAGGAGAAAGCACAGAUUCAGAGGAGGAAACAGGUACAAUGUCAGGCCAUUCAGUAGAGCUCUCACCCAGGCAAAAGCACAGCCUGUUAUCCAGUAGUUUGUUGAGUGCAGGAAGCCAAGGCUCCAGCCACGACCGGUGUUCGUUGUCUCAUUCCAGUAUGUCUCAGUCUCUUGAGGACAGUGCCCAGUUUGUAGAGCCAUCAUCAGACCAUGCUCUGAGCCAUAAAUCUGAAGAUACUCAUACCAUAAAACAGAAGCUUGCACUUCGCUUAAGUGAACGCAAGAAGGUCAUAGAUGAACAAGCUUUCCUGAGCCCUGGGAGCAAAGGGAGUACUGAGUCAGGCUACUUCUCGAGAUCAGAAAGUGCAGAGCAGCAGAUCAGCCCGCCAAAUACUAAUGCAAAAUCUUAUGCAGAAAUUAUUUUUGGGAAAUGUGGUAGAAUUGGGCAAAGGACUGCAAUGCUAGGUACAAACACAACCCAGGGGGUUCCUCACCUGUCUACUGAAGAGAAACCUAGUAUAGUACCAUUAUCUGUGCCUAGAACACAGGUUAUUGAACACAUCACUAAGCUAAUUACAAUUAAUGAAGCUGUUGUAGAUACCAGUGAAAUAGAUAGUGUUAAGCCUAGAAGAAGCUCUUUGUCUAGACGUAGCAGCAUUGAAUCUCCAAAGUCUGGUGUAUAUAGAGAACCGUUUCAGUUUGACAUCAAGUCUGGUUCCGGUAGCCAGUUGGAUGCAUCAAAAGUGUUGACAUCACAUGGUGAAAAAAUUAAGCCCGAACAAUCAUUGUUGUCACUUCAGCAAUCCCACAGUGCCACAGAGACAGUGCCUCUCCUAAGAAGCCACUCAAUGCCUUCUGCUGCAUGCACUAUAAGCUCCCCACAUACCUUUAGAGGUAGCUAUUCAUUUGAUGAUCACAUCAUGGAGCCUGAAGUCUUAAGCCGCAGUCAUGCGUUUUCUUCCCAUCCUCGAAUGCUAAAACGACAACCAGCUAUUGAGCUACCUUUGGGAGUAGAAUAUGUCUCAGAGGAGGUUAGCUCUGUGAACAAAGAAACUGUUUCCAAACCUCCUGAGGAGCCUGAAACCAAGGAAAGCGAUCUUACCAAAAAGUCUCGGAAGGGUCCGAAAGUUAAAGGGUUCAUGUACGAGUGUAACAUAUGUGGUGCUCGGUAUAAGAAAAGGGAUAAUUAUGAAGCCCAUAAGAAAUACUACUGUUCAGAACUGCAGCUCUCAAAGCCUCGUUCUUCCAGUUCCCAUACCUCUUCAGAGACUGAGAAAAGUGUUGCGGAGCCUGACACAUGGCCACAGAUGAUGCAUUACAAGCUAGGGAGCAGUUUGGAGCUUACCCCGCUACGAAAAAGGCGAAAAGAAAAGAGUCUUGGUGAUGAUGAAGACCCUCCAGCUUUUGAAUUGUCUGACACUCCAUCCUCCAGUACUGGGCCAGGAACUCAGUUUGCAAACCCAGCAUCAUCUGAUGUUGCUUUAAACUUAACCUGUGAAUCCAUUAAGUCACCAGCAGAUCCGGGUAAAUCCGCACCUUCUGAUGUUAGUGCCAGCUUUCAUUCCAGGAAUACCAAACCGGCUUCGAGUACUGAGAGUAAAGAGAGAAGAACAAUUUCAAAGGAGAUCUCUGUCAUCCAGCAUACGAGUUCCUUUGAGAAGUCUGACUCUAUAGAGCAGGUGAGCAGCUUAGAGGGAGAAGAGAAACCCUUGUCACAGUACUCAUCUCAGCCAACAACACAGCACAGCCGGCCACCUCAUUCCCUGCAGCCCAAGCUGGUACGCCAACCCAACAUCCAAGUCCCAGAGAUUCUGGUCACUGAAGAGCCUGACAGACCAGAAACGGAGCCAGAGCCUCCUCCAAAAGAGCCAGAAAAAACAGAGGAAUUUCAGUGGCCACAGAGAAGCCAGACCCUUUCUCAACUCCCUGCAGAGAAACUCCCACCAAAAAAGAAGAGGCUGCGGCUAGCAGAAAUGGCUCAGUCCUCUGGAGAGUCUAGUUUUGAAUCAGUCUCUCUCACUAGAAGCCCAAGUCAGGAAAGCAGCAUAUCCCAUGGCUCCAGCCAUUCUGUGUCUUUUGAUCGUGAAGAACAUGGUAAGUCAGAGUCAAGCAGUCAGCCUUCUGAAACCCACACAAAGACUCUUGGUAUUGGCUCACAUAUGUUGAUGGUACCAAGCCACCACCAUCAUUCCAGGGAAAUGCGAAGAUCUGCUUCUGAGCAGACACCAAAUGUGUCCCAUUCUUCCCAGAUGUCAGAGACCCGCAGUAAGUCGUUUGACUAUGGGAGCUUGUCAUCCACUCCUGCCUCAACACCUGGUCCAUCAACCUCCUCAGCUCCACAGGAGAGAAGAAAAUGUUUUCUAGUUAGACAAGCAUCUCUCACUAGACAUCCAGAGCAUGAGCCAGACUUGGCCCCAAAAGGUCGACAAGAGACAGAAGAUCCAGUUCCUUCUGCUUCAAGUAAAUCUCCUGCUACAAGUUUGCCCCAUCAGCCAACAUCUUCAUCCUCUUUGCCUUCUCACAGUACUUACCCAGCUGAUAAGAGUCAGCCCAAAGACAGCCCUCAGCCAGCAUAUACACAGCCAUACACAGAAGCUCUGCAAGUCUUUCAUCAUCCUGUACCACAACUAACACUGCAUGAAAAGCAGUACAUGUCCCCACAGGUUUCUGUCUUUCCCUACGAGCAACUCCUGCCACAGGCAGGGCAGUCUGCAGAGCUCUUUGCCGCACACACGAUGUCUGACAUCCUCUCUGCUCAAUUCACCAUGCCUCAAAUUCCUCCCUCUAUAUUUCAGACCCCACCACUUCCUCUCCAACAAACGCUCAUCCACCCAGGUCAGCUUCAUGUUACUACUCCAUUAAUGUCUCACCCUGCUGACGUGCCGUUCAGGCAGCAUCCUUCGUUUUUACCGGUGCAUUACCCUGGCUCCUCACCAAUCCCUUCUGCCUUUUUUCUGCCUCUUCAGUCUCAGUUUGCUCUCCAGUUGCCAGGUGAAGCUGGUGGACAUUUACCACAGAUCAAAUCCAGUUUAUUCCCAGCAGCAGGAACCUCCAGUCUUUCCCCUUGCACAGAAUAUGGCUCAGACAGUAGGUUGCAUCCUCUGACCUGCACAGCAAGCCCUUCAGUGUCCGUAUCCACAUCUCAGCUGGUUGUUCCUACACGGUCAGACCCAAUGGUGUCGCUUGUUGUCCCUGUUCGCAUACAGACAAAUAUGCCAUCCUAUGGGAGUGCAAUGUACACAACACUUUCCCAAAUUCUGGUCACUCAGUCCCAGUGCAGUUCCUCUUCUAUUGUUCUCCCAAAAUUUGAUGACCACCAGUCCAAGGGUACCCUGGUCUGUAGUGCUGAUGUUCAUGGACUAGGUUUUGAUCUGGCACAGAUGAUCACGGAAGAUCAAAGAAGCAUUUUCCAGAGCCCCUAUCUGAGAGUGCCCUUGCCCUUACCAGAACGAAAAGGCUAUAUGCCACUCACUUCUCCAUCAGACAGUGUCCUGGGAUUGGAAGGAGGCCCAUCAACAGUUGGUGGAAGCAAACGGAUGCUCUCUCCAGCUGGUAGUUUAGAACUGACAAUGGAAACACAACAGCAGAAAAGAGUGAAAGAGGAGGAAGUGUCUGAAGCAGAAGAGAAGUUGGAAGUGGUGAAGCCACCCAGUGCAAUAGAGGAUGGGAAAAAGCAGGAUAAAUCUCACUUUCUUGCAGAAAGCCAAGGAGGGGUUGAGGUUGAAACACCACCUAGUUCAUCCUUAGACCAGUCAGAGCCAAAGGAAGUCCCGAGUACUUUGCAGCAAGGUGUGUCCCAUUCAGGUUCUUCAAGUUUUGAGACACUGGAAGAGUAUAAGCAGCCAGCUGGCAAGCAAUUCCUCAGCAAGGCACCUUUGCAAACCGUGAAGAAAGAAGACCCCAAAGAGCUGGUGGAGCCCUCUCCACCAAACCCUCCAAGCCCUGCACCUCAGUCUGAGGUUUCUCACAGUGCAAUGAAGUCUCGAGAAGGUACAGAUACAAAGAAGGUACUUCAAUUCCCCAGUCUUCACACAACGACUAAUGUCAGUUGGUGCUAUUUAAACUACAUAAAGCCAAAUCACAUCCAGCAAGUUGAUCGACGGUCCUCAGUGUAUGCCAGCUGGUGUAUUAGCUUGUAUAAUCCUAACCUUCCUGGUAUAUCCACUAAGGCAGCCCUAUCCCUCCUGAGGUCCAAGCAGAAGGUGAGCAAGGAAACCUACACCAUGGCUACAGCUCCACGUCCAGAGGCAGGCAGGCUUGUCCCGUCCAGCUCCAGGAAGCCAAAAAUGACAGAGGUUCAUUUGCCUUCGCUCCUUUCUAAUGAAGGUCGAAAAGAUAUAACUAGAGCUGAGAAGGAAGAGGAUAAAAGAGGAAAAUCAGAAGAAGAGGCUCUUGUAACCAAAAGAGGGGAGCCAGUCAGGAUCAAGAUCUUUGAAGGAGGGUACAAAUCAAACGAAGAGUAUGUGUAUGUGCGAGGCCGUGGAAGAGGGAAGUAUGUUUGUGAGGAGUGUGGAAUUCGCUGCAAGAAACCCAGCAUGCUGAAGAAACACAUUCGCACGCACACAGACGUCAGGCCAUAUGUCUGCAAGUACUGUAACUUUGCUUUUAAAACCAAAGGGAAUCUGACUAAACAUAUGAAGUCAAAGGCCCACAGCAAAAAAUGUCAGGAGAUGGGCGUGUUGGUAUCUUCACUGGUGGAUCUGGAAGCCGAAGAAGGAACCAGUGAAGACCUAUUCCAGGACUCUGAGGGGCGGGAGGGAUCUGAGCCAAUUGAGGAACACCAGUUUUCAGACCUAGAGGAAUCUGAUGAUGAUGAUGACAAUGAAGAUGAUGAAGAUGAGGAGGAAGAGGAGAGCCAAGAUGAGCCACCUUUAAAGUUGCCAGAAGUCACACACACCACCCUCCCAAAGCACUCUUCAGGUGGCUCUCUGUCUUCUCAAGAGGAAAGCACUGAAACAGCAUUGUCCUUAGCCCAAGAAACUGUUUCCAGCAGCCAACAAGUAGGUGAAGGCCACCAGGCCUCCUCCUCAGGGCUUGAAACAAAGUGGUCAGCAGACAGCAGUGACAUUGCUGUGUGCCAUAGCUUCUUGAGUCUUUGCAGACCAGCUUUGACCUCCACAGAACAAUUGGCUUCUGCUGAAAGAGAGUCUGUCACAAGGCCACAGAUGUCCUUAGCUAUGGACCUGUCAACCUCAAAAGACACCUCCCCAAGAAAAAGGUGGUCUCCAAGCCAGGACUCUGGCAGAGGUGGUGGCAGCAGCAGACCAAUGCUAGCGAGAAAGCACCUAUUAACCAAAAAUGAAACUUCGCCAAAACGGUUUUCGCCAACUGGAGAACUGUCUUCUCUAAGGUGCCUGUCUCCAGGGAGAGGGUUGUCUCCCUGCCAGCGUGUCUCUCCCAGGAGGGAGGCAUCUCCACUGAGAUGUGUUUCACCGAGACUUGAGCUGUCACCCAGCAGGCAUCUUUCCCCAAGAAGAGAGUUGUCCCCAAGAACAUACUUUCCACCAGAAGGAGAAGUCUCCCCUGUGAGGCACUCAUCUCCGAGCAGAGAGAUGUCAUCGGUCAGAUAUAUAUCUCUAAAGAAGAUGUUGUCUCCAGGCUGUUCAGAGUCACCUAGGUAUCCAUCCCCUGGGAAAGAGGACUUGCCUGGUACUAGCAAAUCAACAGCAGAUGACAAAGUUCAAAGUUCAUAUAAAGCCCAGCAUGGAAUAUUAUCUUCAAUGCCUCUACCUCACAGGUUCUUUGGCAAAAACAUACAGCUCUAUGAGUCCAAGCUGAAGAUAGAACCCAGAAGCCCAACAUGUUCACCUGGCGUCACGCAGCCCGUCUGCUCCAGACCCUUGCAGGCACCUCAUGAAAUACACAUCCAUGCUCCCAGCCGAGGGGAGGAGAAUGUCUUCAGCCAUCUCCCGUUGCAUUCACAGCAGCUAACGAGGACCCCGUAUCCUAUGAUUCCCAUUGGGGGCAUCCAGAUGGUUCAGGCAAGGCCAAGUACCCAUCCCAGUUUGGUGCCUGGUUCAGUUGUGUCCCUGCAAGCAGGAUAUUUUGCAUCUGGUGGCAGCAGCUUCACAGAGUUCAGCCAGACUCACGAAAGGGAUGAGGAACCACAGGUCUCGCGAGAAUCCUCAUCGGCAUCAGUCUCCCCAGUUGCAAAGGUUUCUAAAUACACAUUGUCCCCAGAGCUUACAAGCAGUGGUUACUUAGAAGAGAAAAUGAGGACUAGUGAGCUUCAGCAAAAGACAGACCAGGAGGAUUACAGGGUAAAAAUGUUCGCUGAGUCUAGCCACUCGGAGCAGGCAGGCUGCUCGGCUCCCCCAGACAGCCCCAGCACAAACUACGAGCACUCUCCAAAGCCUUCGACAAGUGGGGAAGAACCCUUGAAAAAAACGGGCAAGAAGCAAUGUGGCAGCUCAAGCACUUCUUUUGAAUCAUCCUGCACUUUCAUCUCAGAUCUCCCCUCCCAGCCUUUGGACAAAAGCAGCAGCACCGGCUGCCUCUCCGAGCCCUCAUUGAGCCAUUCGCACUCCCACCCGUUCUCCGUCAGGAGGAGAAACCUCUCCGGAGAGCCCAGUCACCAAGGGGGAACCUACAGGAAGAGCAGUCCACACUUAGAGCACGCAGAUUUAGGUCAAACUCAAAGACAGGUGGAUGAAAAUACAGGAAGUACUUAAGCCUCCACCAUCAGUUCCACCUUUAGGCUUCCUAUGUAAAAUCAACAGACAUUUUCAACACUAUUUCCUUUAGUAUAAUCAUCGCUAUAAGAAGCACUCUAGUGAAUGACCAAACCCAUGGAAGAUUCCUGGUUUUCUUUGUCCCAGUCUGGUAUUAUCUCCACAUGUAUGCAGUUACUUGUGCCUUUUUCUAUACCUUUUGUUGCUUGAAAUGUACAAAAAUGUUUGAGGCUGUGAAUAUUUUUUUAGAGUUUUUUGGAAAGGGGUUUGUUAGACCUUGUCUUUUUUGCCAUUUAGGUGUGCGUUAUUAUGGGCCUGAGAGAUGCAGAAAGGAAAGGGUUAAGCAUUUUAAGAGGAAGAAGAUGCACUGAAAACAAAAACAGAAAAAAACUUUUUUAUAUUGAUUAAAUGAUUAAAAAAAAACAAACCCUU